AUGGACUGCUGUGAGCUGCCGGAAAUAUUUUUGAGCUUCCUCAACGACCUCUUCUUCUCAGACAUAACCGAUGAGGAGUACUUUGGCGAUUAUAACGACGACUACAAUUGAAAUAGACCAGCGAUCGUGAGCAAAUAAAGUUGAUAUGAGCAUUUA